AUGAGGUUACUGCUGUGGAUUAUCUACUCAGUGUGUUUCAUCAGUCAAUAUGCCAACUGGGGUUUAAGAACAGACAAGUUGAAGAGAAGAGAAGAUUUGCUGCUGUCAUCUCAACAGAGGAGCCAGAAGCUUGUAACCCUUGCUGCUUCUCAAACAACGGACUUUGAGAAGCUCGACUCAGGAUUGAAAUGUGGAAUCCGUUCCCUAGAUUUGGAAGACCAAGAAGAUAAUUGGAAUCCUGAGAUUUUUUCAAGAAUUAUUGGAGGGCAAACAUCUGUGCCUGGUGGACAACCAUGGCAGGUAUCCAUCAAGUUGGGACGAUCCCACUUCUGUGGUGGCAGUUUGAUCUAUGACAACGUAGUGGUUACUGCAGCUCACUGUGUUGUGGAUCUUGACCUGAAACUUGUGAAAAAUCUGAUUGUGACUGUGGGGGAAUAUGAUCUCAGAAGCAUGGAUGAGGAAGAACAGAACAUCCCAGUCUCAAAAAUUAUUGUUCAUCCUGCUUUCAAAAGAUUUGGAUACAUGCAUUCAGAUAUUGCACUGCUGUAUCUGAAGGACAGAGUGAGAUAUGGAGCCGAAGUACAGCCAAUCUGUCUUCCGCACAAUGAAGAUCUAUUUGAAGCUGGGACUCUCUGUGUUGUGAGUGGAUGGGGCAAGGUCACAGAAGAUGGUUCUGUGCCAGAUGUCCUCCAGGAAGUGGAGCUGCCCAUCAUUGACAGCAAGACCUGCAGUGAGUUGCUAGAAACACUGAACUUGCCUUCGAUACAGAACAACAUGCUAUGUGCUGGUUUUCCAGAUGGUGGAAAGGAUGCAUGCCAGGGGGAUUCUGGAGGUCCGCUGGCAUGUAGAAGAGCUAGUGGCAUCUGGACCCUGGUGGGCAUCACAUCUUGGGGCAUCGGUUGUGGAAAAGGCUGGCAGACAGACAAGAAAAGCAGCAGUGGGAGGGGUUUCCCAGGUGUCUUCUCUAAAGUAGACAAGCUUCUGGAUUUUAUUGUCCAGAAUAUCAUCACUGUACCCAAAGCAAGCUACCUGUCUCCACCCAACCCAGCAAAUUGCAAUCCCCAUGGAGUGUCGGUGUUUGGAGAAAGUGGUCACAUUCGGCACCCUCAGCUAACAGAGGAUAAUUACCUUGACAACAGCCUGUGUAUCUGGAACAUAUCUGUGCCAGAGGACAGUUUCAUACUUGUGCAGUUCAUCAGAGUUGACAUAGAAGAUCAGAUUGGUUGUGACCAUGACUCCAUUACUUUCUGCUCAAGCAAGAAGGAGUUAAUAGGUAAAAUCUGUGGAAGUGUGCUGCCUUCCCCUCUCCUGGUAGAGUCAAACCAAGCAAUUGUCACGUUUGUGUCUGACAAUAGCAAUACUGGAGGGGGCUUUGAGUUCACCUUCGCUGCUGUUCAUAAAGCAUCUGAAGCAGGUUCUGGCUGUGGCAGUGUAGCCAUUCUGACCGAAGAAGGGACGUUUGACACGGCUAAUUAUCCUGGCUUAUACCCCAGUAGCACCAAAUGCCAUUGGCUCAUUGAGGCUCCAAUGGAACAUAUCAUAAAGCUGGAUUUUGAAGACUUUGCCAUUGAAAUCAGCCAGGACUGCAUUUAUGAUGCUGUUGCCAUCUAUGAUGAUACAGAAGGGGAACACCAGAUAGCUCUUCUUUGUGGCCUCUCAAUUCCUUCCCCAGUUUGGAGCACUGGAAGCAUCAUGCUCAUCCACUUUGAGAGCGAUGAGGAGAAUAACUUCAGAGGAUUCAAGGCCAAAUUUGCCUUUUUUCCUUCAGAAUCACCUAAAACUGAAUUUGCAGGAAACAUUAUCUUGCAGACAUCUGAUCCAAAGACUAUCCCUUUGGAUGUUUGUGGUUUCCCCCCUUUUGGUCCUCAGUGGCUGUCCACAAGCAUUGUUGGGGGAGAAGAAGCUUGUCUCCACUGCUGGCCAUGGCAUGUAGGUUUGCACUUUCUAGGUGACUACCAGUGUGGGGGUGUCAUCAUUGGCUCCAUGUGGGUGCUCACCGCAGCUCACUGUGUAGAGAUAUCAAAAGAUGUCUCACAUUGGACUGUUGUUGCUGGAGACCAUGACAGAAUCCUGAAGGAACCAACUGAGCAGGUGAGAAGAGUACAGACCAUUAUAAUACAUCAAGACUUCAAUAUCACAAGUUACAAUUCUGAUAUAGCACUGGUCCAUGUAAAAGCUCCUUUCUCCUAUAAUGCUGUGGUGAGGCCAAUAUGCCUGCCCAAUUCCACUGAACCUUUGUCUUCAUCCAUGCUUUGCACCGUGACUGGCUGGUGGAGCACCCAAGAAGUUGAGGACCUUGCCAACCGCUUACAACAGGCUCGAGUACCCAUUCUCAGCAAUUACAUCUGUGAGCAAAGCUAUUAUGUUAACCACCCUGGAGGGAUCACAACUGGAAUGCUUUGUGCUGGUUUUGCAUCUUCAAGAGGUCAAGAUAUCUGUCAAGGUGAUGCAGGUGGCCCAUUGGUUUGCCAAAAUGAAGAGGAGCCAUUUAUACUCCAUGGCAUUGUCAGUUGGGGUGUUGGCUGUGCCAGGCCAAAGAGACCAGGUGUUUAUGCAAGAGUGAGCCACUUCUUAGAGUGGAUUGUGUCUAGAAUGAAAGGUCCCAAAAUGGGUAAUGGUAUGAAUUAUACUGAUGUGAACCAGCAGCUUAUGCACUGCGAAGAUGUCGUCCUGACAGCUAAGGAAGGGAUAAUCCGUUCUCCAGGUUUUCCUGACAACUAUCCACACUCGACCAGCUGUCACUGGAGGAUAGUCGCUCUAUUAAAUGCCAUUGUUCAAUUGGAUUUCCUGGACUUUGCGAUUGAAAAACCUCAUUCUAAAUGUUAUGGUGGGCUUACAAUUUAUGAAGGAUUUGGAUCUGCAAAAGAAGUUCUUGGUAACUUCUGCAGUGAGUCCCCACCUUAUCCUUUAAAGUCACGCGGUCCUGUGGUGACCCUGAUCUUUUCUUCUGGUGCGAAUACAAAUAUGAAAGGGUUUGUUCUUGCCUAUAGAACCCAUGAAAUACAUCUCAGCCCUGCACAAGGUAAAAUAAGGCAUGCUGGCAAAGGAUGUCCAGUUUUGGAUCUGAUCCCAUUAGGAGUUGCUGAGAUCGUGUCUCCAAACUACCCAAAUACUUAUCCAGAUUCAGUGAUCUGCACUUGGACAGUCUAUUCUGCUUCGGGAAACAAGUUGAAAAGCAUAAUCAGAGAUCUUGCAAUGGAAGACUCCAAAGAUUGCAUUUGGGAUUCCCUGAAUGUUUAUGAUGGGCCAGAUCAAAAUUCAAAAUUGCUUGGUAGAUUCUGUGGCCGAAAGGAAGAUUUCAGACUGUUUUCAAGUGGAAGCUACUUGACAGUGUGUUUCAAAACAGAUGGCUCCGUUGGGGCCCAGGGAUUCAAGAUGUUCUUUGAAGAGAUGAAUCAGGGACCAGCACAAUGAAGCAAGGAUGGAAUAGGACUCCAAAAUCAAUGUAAUUUGAAUCAUGGAGGACUACUUAUAUUCAAGAAUGGUGGGCAUUAUAAAGUGGCUGGGGUUGUAUGAUGGGGUAAGGACUGUGAUCCAGAAUUGCCAACAGUCUACACACAAAUUUCUGCUUACAAGAGCUGGAUUUCAAUGGUCGCAAAGAAAAUUGUGAAGAGGAGAUCCUUAAUUCAUUACCCCUUUAUAUUAAAAAUGGGGUAUGUGAACUGUACAAACUAUUACUUUUUUAUUUCAUGUCGCAGCAAAACAUUGGUUUUGACACAGUUCAACAAAUUUCCAUUAGUGACUAGGGAGAUGAUGUAUUUCUCUGCCAAAAAAAAAAAAAAAAACCCCCAAACAAUAUAG